GGUACACACGUGGAGCCAGGAGAGCGGUGAUGUGAGCAAUGAUCGCCAAGGAGGAGAAAUUGGACUUUGGCAAGGAAACAAGAGAAAAAAAGAAAAAGAAGAAAAAGUCCAGGGCAGUGGAGGAGGAUACCUUGGAUGUGGAACCUCUAGUCAAAAAAAAGCCAUCCCAGAAGGAUGUGGCGCCCCCAGACGUGGUCCCAGAUAUGCCCCUGAUGAAAAAGAAAAAGAAGAAGAAGAAAACCCAAGAAGCAGAGAGCACAGACAGAACUCCCCAUGAGGAUAGCACGGAGGCUGAGACCAUGGGCAGAACCAACUCCCUGAAGAAGCAUCAUAGCAGAAAGGAACUGCUUCCAAGCCUGCCUGAGACCCCAAGCAAAGGGAAGAGAAAGAAGACAAAAUCAUCCCUCUCUCACCCUCCAGGAGCAGAGAGGGUGGCUGCAAAACUGGAAGGGAACUCUGACAGAAAAUCUAAAAAGCGGAAAAAGGACAAGAGGUUGGACCAGGAGCCCAGGGAGGCCCUUUCUGACCCUAUGAAGGAGGAGGAGGAGGUGGAGGAAGAGAAGAAAGAAAAGGCGUGUGAGCCCAUAGAACAGGGACAUGGAGAGGAGAAGCAGGAACCCAGCAGUCUCGGGGACUCUGGCACCAAGAAGAAGAAAAAGAAGAAGAAGAAGACUUACAGGCAAGAGGAGGAGGAGGAUGGAACUGUUAAUGUGCCCGUUAAUGAGGGACAUGUAGAGGACCCCAAUGCCUUCAGCAGCUGCAAAAAGAAAAGCCACAAAAGGAAGCAGCCCAAGGCUGAAUUGGAAGAAAGCGUCCCCCAAGCAGACAGCCCCAGCAGCACCAAAAAGAAAGGGAAAAAAUCUAAGACACAGAUAGAGCUGCCCUCUGCUGAAGAGCCUGCUCAGAAGAAGAAAAAGACGGCGGCAGGUAGGAAAGUGAUGCAGGACCCUCCAGGCCUGGGCAUGGUCAGAAGAAAGGCCUUGCAAGAAGAAAUUGAUAGAGCAUCUGGGAAAACUGAAGCUCUCAAAACCAAAGUGGAAGUGCCUACACAGUUUGGGCAAUGGGAUACAGCCACUUUUGAAAAUUCAGACCAAAAGAUGAAAUUUCUGAGACUUAUGGGAGGCUUUAAGAAUUCUUCCCCAUCACUCAGUAGUUCUCCAGGCACCCUGGGGAAACCAAACAUGGCUCUGAACAAGCAGGCUGCCGCCACCUUACAGCACAACCUACAAGUGGAGUUUGACAGAGCAAUGAGCUGGAAGCAGCAGCGUGGAGUUGGACUCGGCUACUCGGCUUCUACAAACAAAAAUAAAUUAUUUUAUAUAGACAGAAAUGCAUCCAGAUCUGUAAAGUUUAAUGAUGAUUAGCAGUGUCUUGUUCUCCCUUCCCCCCAAAACACUAUAGUUAUUUUUAGGUUUUCUAUUCAUGAGUUAAAGGUUGAGCUGCUUUUUUUCAAUAUUGAGGCAGCAAAGCUUCAGUUUGUUGGAAUUUCAAAGCCCCUUGAGGGGCUGGAAGAUAACUGCAUUCUAAAAGCCAGUAUAGUAUUUCUGUUAUUAAA